CAGUUCAGAACAAGAUCUAUGUGCAUUUCUCCUAGGCAUUUUUUGAGAUCCAGAAGGGGAUGAAAGUAGUCAAUGUGCAACAGGAAUCUGAAUUUCAGACGCAAACCUGUACCUUUCCCCUGACCCUGCUGAUAUGCUGCAAGCUAAAUAUUAAACAUUUUUUUGAUUAAUUGAAGUCCAGCCUGGGGAGAAGAAACAGUUAAAGAAAUGUCUCAAUUAUACUUGCAAUCAGCUAAUCAGACUUUGUGUGCAUCUACAGAUGGUACAGAACUGAAAUCAAGCUCUGAUAAUGAAACCACGAAUGAAAAAUGGACUGAAGACUCCUUUCCAGGAUUAAAAAUACUGUGCAUAAUUUAUGUUACGUAUGCUGUGAUCAUUUCAGUGGGUCUCCUUGGAAAUGCAAUACUCAUCAAAGUCUUUUUCAAGAUUAAAUCAAUGCAGACGGUUCCCAACAUCUUCAUCACCAGCCUGGCAUUCGGAGACCUGCUGCUUUUGUUAACGUGUGUGCCUAUAGAUGCAACACGUUACAUUGUGGAUACCUGGCUCUUCGGAAGAAUUGGGUGCAAGCUGCUGUCUUUUAUCCAGUUAACAUCAGUUGGAGUAUCAGUGUUUACCCUGACUGUUCUCAGUGCUGACAGGUACAGAGCCAUCGUUAAACCCUUGGAACUGCAGACUUCAGAUGCACUCCUGAAGACCUGCUGUAAAGCUGGCUGUGUUUGGAUUGUCUCCAUGAUAUUUGCUAUCCCAGAGGCUGUUUUUUCAGAUUUGUAUUCUUUCAGCAAUCCUGAGAAAAAUGUAACUUUUGAGGCAUGUGCCCCCUAUCCUGUAUCUGAGAAGAUCCUGCAGGAAGCUCACUCCCUGGUUUGCUUCUUAGUGUUCUAUAUUGUGCCCUUAGCUGUCAUUUCUGUCUACUACUUUCUUAUCGCCAGAACUUUAUACAAAAGUACAUCCAACAUGCCAGCAGAAGAACAUGGUCAUGCCCAUAAGCAGAUUGAAUCCCGCAAGAGAGUUGCCAAGACAGUGCUGGUGCUUGUGGCUCUGUUUGCCUUGUGCUGGCUGCCCAACCACAUCCUCUACCUGUACCGCUCUUUCACAUACCAUACGUCUGUUGAUGCUUCCACCUUUCAUCUUAUAGCAACUAUUUUUUCCCGCGCCUUGGCCUUCAGCAAUUCUUGCGUCAAUCCUUUUGCUCUUUAUUGGCUGAGUAAAAGUUUCCGGCAACAUUUUAAAAAGCAAGUCUCAUGCUGCAAGGCAGCAUUCUGUGCAAAGCCUCCCAGUGCUCCCCAGAGCAGUUCUCCUACCAGAGCCCUGUCGGUCACAGGCAGCAUGCAUGGCUCAGAAAUCAGUGUUACACUGCUAACAGAUUACAGCAUCACGAAAGAAGAGGAAAGUGUUUAGUCCAUGUGGGAUGAAGAAGGACAGAAACUGAGUCUUUGCUAUCAAGUCACUGCUACUGGGAUCCUGGAAAGAGGUGCCAUGGCUUGCCCUGUCUGUGAAAGUGUGUUCAUCAGGAGUUCCUCAUUUUUCAAAAUAUAGAAUAAAGAAAUCAAACUGGGGGGGGGGG